AUGAUGAAUGCCAGUAUAUGGACAGAAUUACUUAAAAGCUGGAUAGGAUUAGCGUUGUUCAUCAACAUGCUUACUGCUGAUUUGCUGGCGAGCGUAAGCGCGCUGCUUGCUUGGUUUCACAAAGUCUUGGGCUGCUUGCUUGGUUUCACAAAGUCUUGGGCUACUUACUUGGUUAUGUUAAGUUUAGACAUUACAAAAGGCUAUUUAUCUGCCCUCUGUACCCAGCUUGGAGAAUUGUUCAUAAGACAAUGA